AUCAAUCAACAUGAUUCCCAUUGUUCUGGCCUCCGUGCUCAUCGCUAGCGCCUUCGGGUGCGGCACCCCUCCUAUUGAGCCUCUGACCACCCGUGUGGUCAAUGGAGUGGACGCCAAGCCUCACAGCUGGCCCUGGCAGAUCUCUCUGCAGUAUGAGAGGGACGGUGAGUGGAGACACACCUGUGGAGGAUCUCUGAUUGCCACCAACUGGGUCAUGACCGCUGCGCACUGUAUCAACCUCAACCUGUCCUACAGAGUGUUCGUUGGAAAGCACAACCUGGUUGAGACUGAGGAAGGCUCCCAGGCCAUCAUCCCUGAGAAGCUUGUUGUCCAUGAGAAGUGGAACCCCAUCUUUGUGGCCUUCGGAAAUGACAUUGCCCUGAUCAAGUUGUCUGAGCAUGUGACACUGACUGACCAUGUGCAGCUUGGCUGUAUCCCUGCUGCUGGCACUGUGCUGGACAACCAGUACCCCUGUUACAUCACUGGCUGGGGAAGGGUCUACACCGGAGGCCCCAUUGCUGAUAACCUGCAGCAGGCUCUGAUGCCUGUGGUGGACCACGCCACCUGCUCCAAGCCCGACUGGUGGGGAAUUGCUCUCAGGACCACCAUGGUGUGUGCCGGAGGAGAUGGCAUUGUCGCUGGCUGCAACGGUGACUCUGGUGGGCCCCUGAACUGCAAGAACCCAGGGGGAGUAUGGGAGGUCCAUGGUAUUGCCAGCUUUGUUUCUGGUCUGGGCUGCAACUACGCGAAGAAGCCCACCGUCUUCACCCGCGUCUCCAACUUCAAUGACUGGAUCAACCAGGCUAUGAUGAGCAACUAAAGUGGAGCAGAAUGGGGAAUUGAGUCCAAUAAAAAAGAACUCAGCAAAAUGGCUUUGUGAUGUAUUUUAUGUUCAUGCCACAAGAUGUCCUCAGUC